UGGUAGAUUCUGCAAAGCACUAAUCUUGCCAGGGCCAGUGUUAGCAACACUCCGGUUUGAGCCCCCGUGAGCUCACCUACACGUUAGGGUGAAGCUGAAAUAACCUCUUAAGGCUAGCAGCACAGGAAGGAACUUUCAUACGAACUAAAAAAUUUCCUGCAGAUAAGCAACGAACAUUCUGUCUAAAUCUUCUGUAUUUUGUUCAGGUAGUGAAGGUAAGACGCUCAGUGCAAUUUUAAAAUCAGUCAGUAAAAGAAAAACAUGAAUUUUUUUUUAAGAGGUCCCACCCACAGUCCCGACCCACUGAGGAGGUCCGGCGAGAAAUUCAGUGGGCUGUGUCUGCGGGUUAAUAUUAUGAAAGACUUGGCUGUACCUAUUAUGUUUUCUUUGCCUGUUCUAUGUCUUUACCAAAGAAUAAAUCAAAAGUCAAUGUCAAGUGUUGGCAAUUUCAUCAUAACACGCAAAAAUAAGUAGGAACCAAUUUUUUUUUCAAUGGAAUAAAGGAUAUUUUCCUUAGUUAAUAGUUAUUUAUUGGCUUAUGUAUUAUUAAAAAGUAAUUCCUUCGAAAUGGCUACAAGUGAUAGUGAAGAUUUUGAAAGUGCCGACGAGGGACAAAAUACACCGAUAAAAAAGGAUAGAAAAGAGCGAUUAUCGUCCUCUAAUUAUACCGAAAAUAGUCGGGAAUUGGACCACAAAACAAAAAAAACACAAUCUUCAUCUACCGACACUGUGAAAAACAAAGAGGAACCUAAAUCUUCUGACGGUUGGGAUGAUUUUGAUAUUGGUGAUGAUGAAAUAUUGGUAGCACAAAACGCAGUACCCUCUAACACUCAUGUACUGCAGUCCAAUAAAAAUGAAACAAUAGACUCGAAUUACUCACAAGACAAGACAACAAAGAAAUCUGAAGAAACAAAGAGUAAAGAUACCGGUUGGGAUGAUUUUGAUGAUUGGGGACAAGAUGAUAAUACGAUUGAGGAUCCCUACAAACCAAUUCAGACUCAGCCAACACGACAGGAAACAAAAUCAAUAUAUCCUGAUAUUCAAGAGGUUACAGAAAAGCUAGCCAACACCACGACAACCAGCACUACCGGGGGCUGGGGUUGGGGAUGGAGUGUAGACUCCAUAUUGACUACGGCAACUGCUGGUAUCAGUACACUUACCAAUCAAGUGUCUCAGGGCAUCUCGACGGUUUUAGAAACCAGUAUCGGUGCGCCAGACCCUGAAGAGUUAGCAAGACAAACUGCCAAAGAAAAAGAAGCAAAGGCAAAUAGUCCUGAUGGUUUAGAAAGUAAUAUAAAUACAAAUAAUGACAAAGUCGAUCCAAAAAGCACGAGUGAUGCUUUUCCAUUUAGAGGUCUUAUCUCAGAAGUGACUAAAUUUGUUGAAACUACUGGCACUAAAGUCAUAUCGGGUGGCCUAGGCACUCUGGAGACGAUUGGUAAGAAAACAAUGGAAGUUCUUCAAGAUGGAGAUCCUGGGUUGGCAAAGAAACGAGCACUACUCGGCUUAGCUCCUGACGAGAAACCGGUGCUGUCACAAAUACUGAGAGAAGCGAAAGCUAAAGCUGACGAAGAUGACAGAAUAAGAGAAGAAAAGAAGGAAGCUAAAGAAGUACACUAUGAGAAUUUGUUUGACGAUUUUGAAGGUCUAGUUCACUUGGAAGCCUUAGAGAUGCUAUCCCGGCAAGUGAACAUGAGAAUAGAAGAACGGAUGCGGGGGCUCUCGCCUGAAAAACGACAGGAUCUUAAGGAAACUUUGCAGCAGGUUGCUGAGUUAUGUGAGAUGCCCGAAGACGACGAAGACGAUAACGACCCAUCAGAAGACACGUUCAAGUCUGAGGCUUUCCACGAGAGACUUCAGACCGCGACUCAAGAUCUCGGGCUGAAGUUACAAUUUCAGCCCAUCGUCAAACAGUACACAGAAGCGAUAGACUGGUUGUCGUCGGGCGGCGAGCUCACAGAGAAGCAAGUGUACAAGCGCGCGGUCGCGAGCCUGGCGCAGGCGACGGCGCUGUCGGUGGAACUGUACCACAAGGCCGGCGAGAUGCUGCUGGUGAAGCCGCGUCGCUCCACGGCAGACGAAGCUGACGCCCUCACUCAAAUGACCGCGGUACUGACCAAACACGUCAGUGAGCUGGCGACUCUCUUCACCGAGAAAUUGAAUGAAUUGCAAACAGAGAAUACGGAGCAAAUACAUAAUUACAUCACGAAUAUAUUUUUAGAGGCCGGCAACAGUUCGACUUACAUCCAAAACGCAUUCCAAUUAGCACUGCCGAUAUUACAAAUAGGUGCCGUGUAAAAACAGUCUGUACUUUAUAAAGAAGGUGUAAUGGAUUUAUACCCGAAAAGAAAUAUAUGUAAUUGGUAUACCGAUGGUCUUGUAUCUAAUUUGUUAUCGGAGCUUUAUAAGCUCGUUAUAAGAAGAUUAUCAAAGAGGGUUAUUAAUAAUUUGUAUUUUUUUUUUUUAUGAAUAUUAUAAUUUUUUUAUUGAAGAUUUGUAAAGAAUUUUACUGUUCGUAAAAUACGAUCUUGUACUUUUUUUAAACCGACAGGAUUUCGAUAACAGAUUCAUAAAGCUCCGGUAACUAAUAGAAAAAAGGCUACUAAAGAAUACAUUCAAUAACAAAGGCUUACAAAUGUUAUUUUGUAAAGCACGCAAUGUAUCACAAAAAGGGAAAUAACUCGUGAGGUCAACGCCCUUGCGAGGGAACACGAAGUUAUAUGCCCAUUGCCCUCUCGUUUUAUUGCCAAUAUAUUUGGCUAGUUCAGUAAAUGGAUAUAGUUUUUUGUUUACUUGAAGCUUGUAGUUUCAAUUAAGGGACACAAUAACAUUUAUUCUUAAGAAUUUGGUCCUUAUCUAAAGAAAAUCACAAUAAUCUUAAUAUAAUGUAACCUUAUUAUAAACGCGCGUUAAAGUAAUGAUCGAUAGAUGGCGUUAUUAGUUGUCUGUAUCGCUAAAUGAUUGUUACGUUUUACUGGUGGUAGGACCGCUUGUGAGUCCGCGCGGGUAGGUACCACCGCCCUGCCUAUUUCUGCCGUGAAGCAGUGAUGCGUUUCGGUUUGAAGGGUGGGGCAGCCGUUGUAUGUUAUACUGAGAUCUUAGAGCUUAUAUCUCAAGGUGGGUGGCGCAUUUACAUUGUAGAUGUCCAUGGGCUCCAGUAACCACUUAACAUCAGGUGGGCUGUGAGCUCGUUCACCCAUCUAGGCAAUAAAAAAAAAUGUAAAUACAAAAAUACAUUUCCAAUCUACUAAUAAAGUCUGUGGUAAUUAAGAGAAGGCAUGAUGAAGGCAGGAUGUAUGUUCAACUCUUGGCCUAAAUGGGAGGUAAUCGCUUCACACAUGCAAGUUGCAUUGCAUGAUGCAACAUCGGGUUUUAUUUUCAACGUUAAAGUAUGUAAAAUGCGUAAUCUCGGAAGAUUUAAUUUUCUGAAGUCAUUUGCUAGAAUAUAAAUAAUAGGUAAUUAAUUUCAAAGUCAUCCAAAAGUUACGUAACCGGUUUUUAAUUGUGCUAAUGCAAUAAUUCAGCUAAUUUACUCGUAAGUAAAUUCCCAUUUCAUAUUUCCUGCUAUGUAUAUAUUUAGUAGGGAAUAUGAUUUGUAUUAUGUACUUGGUACUAUGUAAAUGUGUACCUACAUUUUUAAUAUUUCAAGAUUAGUUGAGUAUGUGAAUUUUUAAUUUUUUUUAUUGCCAGUUCAAAUUUUAUAUUAAAUAAAAAGCUGUUUGUGAUA